AUGGGGUUGGGAGCUCAAGCUUUUAGUGGGGCUAUGAAUGCGGUCAAUUCGAAAUCGAAGGCUAGGAGAAAAAUCCUUUAUGAAGAAGAUUAUGAUGAUGUGGCUGGGGAAAAUGGAUGCUGGAGGUUCAGACUUUUCGGGAGGUGUAUGGCCACGAAGACGAAAGCCGAUAGCUCUAUUAGUGGGUCGAGCACCGAGUAUGCGGAAAGCAAAUUCACAAACGACACAAGUGGUGACCAACCAGUGGCUCCAGUUAUGUUGUCAUCUUCAACUAACAGCAACGGAGAAAGUGUCCCCUCGACACCUAAGAUCGAAGAGGAAUUAAAAAUAUCUUCACUGCUUCGAAAAUUCACUUAUAAUGAUCUGAAAAUUUCUACGAGGAAUUUUAGGCCCGAUAAUCUACUCGGAGAGGGCGGAUUUGGCUGUGUUUUUAAAGGCUGGAUUAACGAAAAUGGUAGCACGCCAGUUAAACCCGGCACAGGACUUACAGUUGCAGUAAAAACACUCAAUCACGAUGGACUUCAAGGACAUAAAGAGUGGCUAGCAGAAAUAAAUUAUCUUGGCGAGCUCAUUCAUCCGCAUUUGGUCAAAUUGAUCGGCUAUUGCAUAGAGGAUGACCAAAGACUCCUAGUUUAUGAGUUCUUAUCUAGAGGAAGCUUGGAGAAUCACUUGUUCAAGAGAUCACUGCCUCUCCCUUGGUCUAUACGAAUGAAAAUUGCACUGAAUGCGGCAAAAGGUCUCGCUUUUCUUCACGAGGAGGCUAAAAGACCAGUCAUAUAUCGAGAUUUCAAAACGUCGAAUAUUUUGCUUGAUGCGGAUUAUAAUGCAAAGCUUUCCGAUUUCGGCCUUGCUAAGGAUGCCCCUGAAGGUGACAAAACGCACGUCUCGACUCGCGUGAUGGGAACAUACGGCUACGCUGCGCCUGAGUAUGUAAUGACUGGUCACCUGACAGCUAAGAGUGACGUGUACAGUUUCGGCGUGGUGCUCCUCGAACUACUAACCGGGCGAAGGUCCAUGGACAAAACCCGGCCCAUUAGCGAACAGAAUCUCGUGGAGUGGGCCCGGCCCUACUUGGCGGAGAGGCGAAGAUUCUACCGGCUGAUCGACCCGCUUCUCGAGGGCCGGUUCUCGAUCCGUGGGGCCCAGCAGGCUGUCCAGCUGGCGGCCAGGUGUCUUGCCCGGGACGCGAAAAUCAGGCCUGCAAUGAGUGAAGUUGUGGAGGCAAUCGAGCCGCUGAUCAACCUGAAGGACAUGGCUUGCUCGAGUUCGCAUUUCCAAGCAAUGAACGCGGCUGCUCGGUCGGGUUUGAGUCCCGCGGGUAAAAAUGGAAAUAAGCUGCAGACGAGCAGAAGCCCGUCAAUGCACAAAAGACGAGGAUCAUCAUCGUCGUUUAAUAAUAUUCAGGCCAUUCAGUCGCCCAUGGCUCAACCUCUGCAAUCGCCCGUGGCUAAAAAUCUUUGA